AUGAUCCAACGCUCAACGCUCAACGCCCUUGAAGGAGCAUUUGAUGCCACCAACGCUGGCCACCGCAUAUGCCCCCCAAUGUUCGACAGGUCUUCCGGUCUUUCCACUGCUCGCCGCCACUGGUACAAACACGAUAUCGACUGCGGAUCCGAGCGAGGCAAGGGUUCCAUAUUCGCCAGCAAAGGCCGCGAUCUCAAUGACAGAGAUUCUCUUGCCCUUAGGCUACAGCAGUACGAACGCAUUCUUCUAGCUCACGGCAUAGAGGUCGAAGAUAGGGAUCCUCUUCUCCCAGGGGACUCGCCUAAGCGAGAUGGACCAAGCUUCGCGCUUCAACCAGAAUCGAGAUCUGGCCAUGGUAGCAACGGUUUUCGAGAAGCCUAUCAAGCAUCCGGCAGACUUGAUGAUCCUGCCGUGGCAGAACUUCUCAUUUGGGGGCGUCCACACUACGUUUCCCUAAGAACCUUGCAUCCGACCGUUCCACAAAUCAUGGUCCUCUGGAAUACGUUCCUCAGCAACUUCGACCCGCUAGUGAAGCUAUUCCACGCGCCGACUGUUCAAGAUACCAUCUCGCAGGCGGCCAUGGAUCUCGACGCGAUAUCUCAACCGACCGAAGCCCUCAUAUUUGCUAUUUACCUCUCGGCAACUGUCACGCUGAGUGAUCAGCAAUGUCUCCAGUUUCUUGAGACGCCAAAACAGGUCUUGUUGAAGCGGUUCUCAAAUGCAACGCAGCAGGCCUUGGUCAAUGCGAAAUUUCUCAAAUCCAGCGAUCUCGCUAUCCUCCAGUCGCUCACUUUGUACCUGCUCGCUAUCCGUUCAUAUCUUGACAAGCAAGCCCUCUGGAUAUUAGCUGGACUAGCGAUUAGAUUAGGAGAGACAAUGGGAGUACAUGAUGAGAGGACCCUCCGGUCACUACCACUCUUCGAAGCGGAGCUCUGUCGGCGACUUUGGUCGCAGGUUCUCCUCAUAAAUGAAUGCUCUGGGAAGCACUCCGGCGAGCGAGCUUUAGGUACAAGAUCACCCUCAAAUUGCAACGACAGCGACCUCUCUCCUUUCAUGGUCAGGAUACCCGAGGACCAGGAAGGCGGAACGGACAUGCUAUUCUGCACGUUACACACUCACUUUAGGACCGCGGCGAGGAUACUGAGACGCCACGCGAACGAUGAGAAACUUCUGCCAAUAGAACUCGACGUUCUAGAGGAAUUCGAAACAAAGAUUGAUCGUCUCACUUCAAGAUGCGAUCCCUCGAUUCCACUGCAUCUCUUCACAAUUCUCGUUGGGCGCUGCGCGAUAGCACGUCUUCAGUUCUCCGUUACAGCGAAUGCUGCCUUUGCUGAGCAUGACGACCUUAGUUCGAUGCCCGUGGAGACAUGCAUCUCGCUCCUUGACAGCGCAAUUACAGUUCUUGGAUUCGACUGCGAAAUCAGAUCGAGCCAGACCAUUCGUCCCUUCCUCUGGCACCCCGUCGUGCAGUUUCCGUUCGACGCAUUCAUAUACAUUCUCACGUCCCUCUGCACCGGAACGGAGGGUAACAGACACAACGCGGCAUGGGUCGCGGUGAAUAGGGCUUACGAAGACUACCCCGAGUUCUGCGCAGAUUCCGACAAUCCGCUCUUCUCGGCGGCGGGGGACCUCGCCAUAGAGGCUUGGGAUAGGAGAAUGGAUAGGGUGAGGGCGAUGAAGCCAAUGCAAAUGGCCGAUCCAGAUAUGUAUCCGCCAGGGAGCAUUGAGUACUCGGCUGCGAGUCAUGCCAUUUCGAAGCUGAAGGAAGGGCGGGCCAGGGUGAGAAACAGCCUCGAGUCUGCACGUGGUACAUGGGGUGGGAUGGAUGAAGGAAGCGAUGAAGAAGUCGAUGAGGAAGAUGAGUUUGAAUUUUCGUGGAACGACUGGCAAAGGUUGCUUCAGGACGCUGGAUAUUUACAUAUUGGACGGACAUACUAA